AUGGCUGAAAUAUUUGGCACCGAUGUUUCAAGUGAGACUCCCGACGAUGAAGAACUGCGCAAAAACUCGACCCCCGAAGAAAAAGUGGGCUGGAGAAGACGACUUCCGAAACCGUUUGCAGGGAUCGUGAAAGAUGUCAGAGAUCGACUUCCGUAUUACUGGUCAGACUGGAAAGAUGCAUGGGACUAUCGAGUCAUUCCGUCUCUUUUGGAGACGUUUUUCAAUAAUCUUCUGCCAGCAAUCGCAUUCGCGCAAGAUAUGUUCGACCGAACUGACCACGCCUAUGGAGUGAACGAAGUUCUUCUGUCCAGUGCUAUGGGCGGUAUUGUGUUCGGAGUGCUUGCUGGGCAACCACUCUGCAUCGUUGGCGUGACGGGUCCGAUCUGCAUUUUCAGCUACACGGUUUACGAGAUCAUCAAACCCUUGAACACAGAUUUCUUCGGAUUCAUGUUUUGGAUUUAUAUAUGGAGCAUGAUCUUCCAUUUCUUGCUAGCAGCGUUCAACGUUGUGUGCCUGCUGCAGUACGUGAGCACUUACCCGUGCGACAUAUUCGGCCUGUUCAUCAAUGUCGUGUACGUCGAAAAGGGCAUUCAGAUCCUUAUAAGGCAAUUCGAAUUCAAAGGCAAAACUGACUUGAGUGCCGGCUAUGCCAGCAUAACAGUUGCUUUGGUCAUGACUAUCUUUGGUCUUGCAGCCAAGCUGUUCGUGUAUACGCCUUUUUUCAAUUAUCGGAUCCGCACUUUCGUUUCUGAUUACGCGACGGCCCUUUCAGUUGUGUUUUGGUCUGCCUUCACGUUUUUUGGUGGCUAUUUGAACGACGUUCACUUCCAGAGGCUCCCCAUCACCAAGGCGUUCCAUCCGACCUCUGUGAUGAGAGACAGGUCCACCUGGCUGGCGUACACUUCCAUAUCGGUGAAGGAUGUCUUCAUCGCUUUGCCCUUCGGAAUCAUUUUAACGAUAUUGUUCUAUUUCGACCAUAACGUUUCAUCCCUCAUGGCUCAAAGGUAUCAAUAUCGUCUUACCAAGCCUGCGACCUUCCAUUACGAUUUUUUGUUACUAGGAGCAACAACUGCGGUCAGUGGGGUUCUCGGUAUACCGCCUCCGAACGGUUUAAUUCCCCAGGCCCCAAUGCACACAGAGACCCUACUCGUUCGUGACGAAAAUGGUAAUGUAUUAAGAUGCGUCGAACAAAGAUUUACGAACACUUUCCAGGGCGUCAUGACGUUGUGUACCAUGGCACGUCCAUUUCUGAUCUGUCUGGGCCAAAUUCCACAGGCUGUUCUCGCGGGCCUUUUCUUCAUUAUGGGAAUACAAGGACUUGUACAUAACACCAUCAUUCACCGAAUAGUGUGGAUUUUUACCGACCCCAAGAAGAAAAGCGACACGAAUCCUUUAGGGAAAGUACGCAUAAAAAAACUAGCUCUUUUCGUGACGAUCAGUCUUGCUGGAUUCAUUCCCGAGUUCGCAAUUACGAAUACUAAAGGCACAAUCGGAUUCCCAUUGGUUUUGCUGAUUACUGUAGCCGUGUCCUUUUCAUUCCCAAAAUUCUUUACUGAAAAGGAAUUGGCCAUUCUCGAAAAAGAUGUUGCCGAGGAGUUUGUUAAGAAGAAUCUGAUUAUGAGCUCCCUGACUGAGUUUGAUUGA